GGCUGAACCAUUGAACACAUCAAAGGCCUCGCCCCCUCUCCUCUCUCUCUCUCUGCGCUGUGGGGCUUUCAUUUUUCUCUCCUCUGUUCUUCUGUAUCUCUGUAUCCAACUCUCUGCUGUACAGUGACUCCAAACUUUGGAUGUGCAAGCAUCCAUCGUCUAUUUUGUUCUCUCUCUUGCCCCCUGAACUAGGUCACUUUUUAUAUCUGCAUCUACAUCUGUAUCCAUUUACAUAUACCUGAUUUAUUUGUGUGUUAUUUCAUCAAAUACAAGCCUUUAGAUUUUUAAUUUUUUUAAUUUUUUGGGUUUUUUUCUGUAUUUGUGCUCAAUCUGAGCUUUUGAUUUCAUGGUGUAACCGGUAAAACGAUGUGUUUUCACAGUAAAUAGAAGUAGACAAGUAUAGGUGAUAUGGCAACCCUAAGAUCGAGCUUGCCGUCGAGUUUGCGGCAACUUAUAUCCGGCGAAGGCGCCAUCGGUCCCUCAGUUAGAAUGGAUUCCGAGCCUCCUCCUAAAAUAAAAGCAUUCAUCGACAAGGUCAUCCAGUGUCCUUUACAAGAUAUAGCAAUACCUCUUUCAGGGUUUUGUUGGGAGUACAACAAGGGAAAUUUUCAUCACUGGAGGCUACUAUUUCUGCAUUUUGAUACAUACUUCAAGACACAUUUGUCUUCUAGGAAAGACCUCCUCUUGACCGAUGAUAUUCUAGAAGAUGAUAGUCUGUUUCCAAAACAAGCAGUUCUACAAAUUUUACGAGUCAUGCAAAUCAUUAUUGAGAAUUGCCAUAAUAAAAGUUCAUUUAGUGGCUUAGAGCAUUUCAAGCUCUUGCUUGCUUCAACUGAUCCUGAGGUUAUUGUGGCAACCUUGGAGACUCUUUGUUCAUUGGUAAAGAUAAAUCCAUCCAAACUACAUGCAAACGGAAAGCUGGUUGGUUGUGGCCCGGUGAAUAGCUGUCUCCUGUCACUUGCACAGGGUUGGGGAAGCAAGGAAGAGGGAUUGGGUCUUUACUCAUGUGUUAUUGUGAAUGAAAGAACUCAAGAGGAAGGGCUAUCCUUGUUUCCAUCUGAUGUACAAAAUGAUUGUGACAAGUCUCAGUGCCGAAUAGGGUCCACUCUUUAUUUUGAAUUGCAUGGUGUCAAUUCUAAAAGAAUUGGGGAAAAAAUUGGUGAUGGGACAGUUUCUUCUGACAUGAGCCCUCCUAAAAUAAAAGCAUUCAUCGACAAGGUCAUCCAGUGUCCUUUACAAGAUAUAGCAAUACCUCUUUCAGGGUUUUGUUGGGAGUACAACAAGGGAAAUUUUCAUCACUGGAGGCUACUAUUUCUGCAUUUUGAUACAUACUUCAAGACACAUUUGUCUUCUAGGAAAGACCUCCUCUUGACCGAUGAUAUUCUAGAAGAUGAUAGUCUGUUUCCAAAACAAGCAGUUCUACAAAUUUUACGAGUCAUGCAAAUCAUUAUUGAGAAUUGCCAUAAUAAAAGUUCAUUUAGUGGCUUAGAGCAUUUCAAGCUCUUGCUUGCUUCAACUGAUCCUGAGGUUAUUGUGGCAACCUUGGAGACUCUUUGUUCAUUGGUAAAGAUAAAUCCAUCCAAACUACAUGCAAACGGAAAGCUGGUUGGUUGUGGCCCGGUGAAUAGCUGUCUCCUGUCACUUGCACAGGGUUGGGGAAGCAAGGAAGAGGGAUUGGGUCUUUACUCAUGUGUUAUUGUGAAUGAAAGAACUCAAGAGGAAGGGCUAUCCUUGUUUCCAUCUGAUGUACAAAAUGAUUGUGACAAGUCUCAGUGCCGAAUAGGGUCCACUCUUUAUUUUGAAUUGCAUGGUGUCAAUUCUAAAAGAAUUGGGGAAAAAAUUGGUGAUGGGACAGUUUCUUCUGACAUGAGCGUUAUACACAUCCCAGAUCUCCAUUUUCGGAAGGAGGAUGAUCUGUCACUCAUGAAGCUAUUGAUGGUGCAGUACAAUGUACCUCCUGAGCACAGGUUCUCGUUGCUCACAAGAAUCAGAUAUGCACGUGCCUUUCGUUCUCCCAGAAUAUGCAGGCUGUACUGCAGGAUUUGUAUACUUGCAUUUGUUGUGCUCGUUCAGUCUAAUGACUCUCAUGAAGAACUUGUUUCCUUCUUUGCAAAUGAGGCAGAAUAUACAAACGAGCUAAUCCGGAUUGUGAGGUCUGAGGAAACUAUUCCUGGAACCAUUAGAACACUUGCUAUGCAUGCCUUGGGAGCUCAGUUAGCUGCAUAUUCAUCCUCUCAUGAUCGGGCACGUAUUUUGAGUGGAUCGAGCAUCAGUUUUGCGGGAGGUAACCGUAUGAUUCUCCUUAAUGUGCUGCAGAGAGCAAUUUUGUCACUAAAUAACUCUAAUGAUGGAUCAUCUAUUGCCUUUGUUGAAGCGCUUCUACAAUUUUACCUGCUUCAUGUCAUAUCAUCUUCAAGUUCUGGGAGUGUUAUUCGGGGGUCUGGAAUGGUACCCACGUUUUUACCUCUGUUGGAAGAUUCUGACCCUGCACAUGUGCAUCUUGUCUGUUUAGCUGUAAAAACUCUACAAAAGCUUAUGGACUAUAGCAAUUCUGCAGUGACCCUUUUCAAAGAUUUGGGUGGAGUAGAGCUCUUGGCACAUAGACUGCAGAUAGAAGUACACAGAUUGACUGAUUUGGCUGGAGCAGAUGAUAAUUCAAUGAGUGUUGGUGCAUGCUCAAGAUAUAAUGAUGAUCAAUUGUAUUCUCAAAAAAGGCUUAUCAGGGUUUUAUUGAAGGCAUUCGGAUCUGCUACCUAUGCCCCUGCCAAUUCAACAAGAUCCCAGAACUCCCAUGAUGUUUCCUUACCUGCCACUUUGUCACUGAUAUUUGGGAAUGUGGGUAAAUUUGGAGGUGAUAUUUAUUCAUCAGCUGUGACUGUUAUGAGUGAAAUAAUUCACAAAGACCCCACAUGUUUUCCUGCUUUGCAUGAGUUGGGUCUUCCCGACGCUUUUUUAUCAUCAGUGGUUGCUGGAAUACUUCCUUCUCCGAAGGCUCUUACAUGUAUUCCUAAUGGUCUUGGUGCCAUGUGUCUUAAUGCCAAAGGCUUAGAGGCUGUGAGAGAAACUUCAGCGUUACGGUUCCUUGUUGACAUCUUCACUGACAAGAAAUAUGUAGUAGCAAUGAAUGACAGUAUUGUUCCUUUGGCAAAUGCUGUGGAAGAGCUUUUGCGGCAUGUGUCUUCAUUGAGAAGUACUGGCGUUGAUAUUAUCAUUGAAAUUUUGAACCAACUUGCUUCAAUAGGUGACACCAGUUGUACAGAGUCAUUGGGAAAAGGCAACGAGAGCACUGCCAUGGAAAUGGAUUCCGAAGACAAGGAAAAUGUGGGCUCUUCCUGUCUGGUUGGUGUCACAGAUUCAACUGUGGAAGGCAUAAGUGAUGAGCAGUUUAUCCAACUUUACAUCUUCCAUGUGAUGGUACUCGUUCACAGGACAACAGAAAAUUCUGAAACAUGUCGAUUAUUUGUGGAGAAGUCAGGAAUUGAAUCUUUAUUGCAACUUGUUCUACGGCCAAGUAUUUCACAAUCAUCAGAAGGGAUGUCCAUAGCUUUACAUAGCACCAUGGUCUUCAAGGGUUUUGCUCAACAUCACUCUGCUCCUUUAGCACAUGCCUUCUGUUCCUCUCUCAAGGAUCAUCUGAAGAAAGCUUUGACCGGAUUCAGCAUGGUUUCAAGCUCUUUCCUGCUGGACCCUAAGGUGGUUCCAGACAGCGGAAUCUUUUCUUCACUUUUUCUUGUUGAGUUCCUUCUAUUUCUUGCUGCCUCAAAAGACAAUCGUUGGAUAGCUGCAUUGCUUACUGAAUUUGGAAAUGGUAGCAAGGAUGUUCUUGAAAACAUUGGAUGUGUUCAUCGGGAAGUUCUAUGGCAGAUUGCUCUACUGGAAGAUGCUAAGCUUGAGACAGAGGACGAUGGUGCUAGUUUGGCUGACAAGUCACAACAUCCAGAAUUGAAUCUCAAUGAAACUGAAGAGCUAAGAUUCAAUUCUUUUAGGCAGUUUCUUGAUCCGUUACUGAGAAGAAGGAUGUCGGGAUGGAGUUUUGAGUCUCAGUUUUUUGACCUCAUAAACCUAUACCGAGAUCUCACUCGUGCUUCGGGUCUUCAGCAACGGCAAACCUCUGAUGCUUCUUCAAACAUGCAGCUUGGAGCCACUCAUCAAUCACCUCAGUCUGGUACUUCUGAUGGUGCUGAUGGUAGAAAGGAAGAUGACAAUCAGAGAUCAUAUUAUUCUUCUUGUUGUGAUAUGGUGAGGUCAUUAUCACUUCACAUCACUCAUUUGUUUCAAGAGUUGGGUAAGGUAAUGGUGCUUCCAUCUCGCCGACGAGAUGAUGUGCUGAAUGUGUCCCCUUCUGCAAAAUCAGUGGCAUCUACCUUUGCUUCCAUUGCACUGGAGCACAUGAAUUUUGGAGGUCACGUCAUUCCUUCUGGUUCAGAGGUAUCUGUGUCAACUAAGUGUCGAUACUUUGGCAAAGUUAUUGAUUUCAUUGAUGGUGUUCUACUGGACAAGCCAGACUCAUGCAAUCCAGUUUUAUUGAAUUGUUUGUAUGGGCGUGGCGUUCUUCAAUCAAUAUUGACCACAUUUGAAGCUACCAGUCAGUUGCUCUAUGCAAUUAACAGGGCUCCUACUUCUCCUAUGGAGACUGAUGACGGGAGUUUAAAGCAGGAUGAAAUAGAAGAGACAGAUCAUUCCUGGAUAUAUGGUCCUUUGGCUGACUAUGGUAAACUCAUGGACCACUUGGUGACUUCGUCGUUUAUUUUAUCUCCUUUGACAAAACACUUGCUCACUCAGCCUGUAGUGAGUGGAGAUAUUCCAUUUCCACCGGAUGCAGAGACAUUUGUAAAGGUCCUCCAGUCCAUGGUACUGAAGGCAGUGCUUCCUAUUUGGACUCACGCACAAUUUACGGAUUGCAACUCUGAUUUCCUUGCAAUGGUUGUUUCCAUUGUUCGGCAUAUUUAUUCAGGGGUUGAGGUGAAAGAUGUCAGUAGCGCUGGGGCUCGAGCACCUGGUCCUCCACCUAAUGAAUCAACUAUUGCUACAAUUGUGGAGAUGGGUUUUUCCAGGUCCCGAGCAGAAGAGGCUUUGAGGCAGGUUGGUUCAAAUAGUGUGGAGCUGGCAAUGGAAUGGUUGUUCUCACAUCCAGAGGAAGCUCAAGAUGAAGAUGAACUUGCUCGUGCACUUGCGAUGUCCCUUGGAAACUCGGUAGCAGACACAAAGGAUCCUGCUAAAGAGAGUAGUCAGCAUAUUGAAGAAGAAAUUAUUCAACUCCCUCCUGUUGACAAUUUGUUGUCAACAUGUAGAAAACUUCUGCAAAUGAAGGACUCUCUAGCUUUUCCAGUUCGGGAUCUUCUUGUAAUGAUAUGCUCCCAAAAUGAUGGUCAACAAAGGUCCAGUGUUAUUUCAUUUAUUAUAGAGCAAGUGAAACUCUGUGGUGACAUUUCUGACAGUGGAAACAAUAACAUGCUAUCUGCUCUUUUUCAUGUUCUUGCUCUAAUUCUCAAUGAAGAUGCAGCAGCAAGAGAAGUUGCUUCGCAGAGUGGUUUGGUUAAAGUUGCUUUGGAUCUUCUUUCAUGUUGGAAUUUUGGGUCAUGUGGAAAGGAGACAUCUCAAGUUCCUAAAUGGGUGACAGCAGCUUUUGUUGCAAUUGAUCGUCUUGCUCAAGUGGAUCAAAAAUUAAAUGCCGAUAUCUUAGAGCUGUUGAAAAAGGAUGAUACUGGUAGCCAUAAAUCUCUAGUAAUCAACGAGGAUAAGCAAAACAAGUUGCAGUCAACUUUGGGUCUAUCUUUGAAAUAUAUCAAUAUACAGGAGCAGAAGAGACUUGUUGAGAUCGCUUGUGGUUGUAUCAGUAACCAGCUUCCAUCUGAAACAAUGCAGGCUGUUCUGCAACUGUGUUCUACGCUUACGAGGACUCAUUCUGUUGCUCUAAGUUUUUUUGAUGCUGGGGGUUUGCCUUUGCUGCUUUCCUUGCCAACAAGUAGCCUGUUUGCUGGAUUUGACAAUGUUGCUGCUACCAUAAUUCGCCAUAUCCUCGAAGAUCCCCAGACUCUCCAGCAAGCAAUGGAAUCUGAGAUACGGCACAGUGUUGUGACUGCUGCUAAUCGGCAGAGCAACGGACGGCUUACACCCCGGAAUUUUCUCUCAACUUUAACUUCUGUCAUUUCACGGGAUCCAGUGAGUUUCAUGCAGGCUGCUCAGUCUGUGUGCCAAGUUGAGAUGGUGGGUGAAAGGCCAUACAUUGUCUUGCUGAAAGAUCGUGAUAGGGAUAAAUUUAAAGAAAAAGAAAAGGAGAAAGAGAAAGCAGAGGAGAAAGAUAAGCCACAGGCUAACGAUGGGAAGAUUGUUUUGGGUAGUAUGAGCUCAUUGGCUCCUGCAAGUGGGCAUGGAAAACAUGUUGAUGCAAAUUCCAAGAAUGUCAAAGUAAAUAGAAAACCUCCUCAAAGUUACAUAAGUGUGAUCGAGCUUCUGUUGGAUUCAGUGAUAACUUUUCUACCUCCAUUGAAAGAUGAUAGUGUUGGCAUGGAUGGCUCAUCAACGGAGAUGGAUGUUGAUGAUUCUGUGUGCAAGGGGAAAGGAAAAUCUAUUGACUCUGUAUCUGGAGAGAAUGACGCCAAUAACCAGGAAUCUUCGGCAUCUUUGGCGAAGAUGGUAUUUAUAUUGAAGCUCUUGACUGAAAUUCUCUUGAUGUAUGCUUCAUCUGCUCAUGUUCUCCUCCGAAAAGAUGCUGAAGUUAGCAGUUGCAGGAGCCCUCCACAGUGUGGUCAUGCAGAUUACUGCCCUAGUGGAAUAUUUCACCAUAUUCUUCACAAAUUUCUUCCAUAUUCCAAGAAUUCUAGAAAGGACAAGAAAACAGAUAUUGACUGGAGGCAUAAACUGGCAAGCAGGGCUGGCCAGUUUUUGAUGGCGUCUUGUGUUCGUUCCACUGAGGCAAGGAGGAGAGUUUUCACAGANAAAAUGAUGGUCAACAAAGGUCCAGUGUUAUUUCAUUUAUUAUAG